ACCUGUUUAUUUGUUUUAUUCAAUUAAGCUAAUUUUUCUCAGGCUCAUUGCGAAUCUGACAGGAGCCGAUUCACGGUAAGAUUCGGUCCGACUGAUUCACUUCGAUUCGUAAGCGAAUCAUUUGGUUCGAAUCGUUCACGGAUCGUUCAAACUCGGUUUUGGCCAACAAAUUCAUAGGAAAGGUCCGACUCGUUCAUUAUCGGUCAUGGCUACUUUUGAGCUAUCAUUAUAAAAAAUACUAUCAGUAUAAAAUGCAAUGACUGUCAAAUAGACUGUAAUGUAAUAUUUAUAGUACGCUACAUUCUAAAAUAUACAGUAUAUAUAUUGCAGUAGAAAAAAUAUCUAAAAGGCACCAAUUGAAUGGAUCCUGUCCUCGCGCCACCCCCGGCUCGUGCCAGUUGGUCCAGACUGGAUUAGAGCGCUGCAGCAUCAGCGGAUGAUCAGGAGAGAAGGCCGGGCCGCUGCGCCCCUCCACCAGCCGCAUGCUCCCGCACACCGGCUUCUGUCCGCCCGUGAGAAGUGCGCCGGGGAAUGUAGAGGAUAUUAACCUUUUUUUGGAAUAGCCGCUUAUCAGAAACCGAGCUCCUCGGCAAAGCCCUCGUUUAAAACUCUGCUGGCUGAAAUCACUGCAAGCUAGCAGCAACAUCACUUGGCAGCAGAGGGGAGACGUGCUCCUGUGAGCUGAGCUCGGUGCAUUCCUCCGUUCGCUGGAUGACAAAUGCCAAGCCACCGGAUGGAGAUAUUUUAGACGGAGCAUGGGGGAUCGCGGGAAUCAGUGUACCACUGUUUGGGAAAACCGGUUGUGAUGUUUAACCGCUGCUAAAACGUUGACUGUGCAGCUCGUGUGUUUUUGCAGUCCGCAAAAUCAAGGUGACGGCAGCUAGCCCGUUAGCUCGCGAGCUAUCCGGUUAGUGUGAGACAGGGAACCGAAAACGCACCAAGUGCGUUUGACAACAAAAUAUCGUUAUUAUCGUUAUUAUAGUUAUUGAUAAGCGUGUGCACUUUUUCUUUGCACGGUGCACUUCCUUAUUGGAUAAGAGUGCACGUCGCUGAGAGGAGCAGAUGUAAGGAUAUGCGUGAUAUUCUGGGGGGAAAACUUGCCAUAUCUAUGAGAAUUAGAUAAUAGAGCAUAUCAAACUCGUGUGCUUUAUUAUUAUUAUUAUUUAUUUUUUUUUUUUACAUGAGCUGAAUAUUUUAAUGUUAACCCCCUAAACCCCUUGGGAUGUCAUAUCGAUUCUGGCACUUGUACGGUAUAUUAGUGACUAUUUGUGCCAAGCAAUAUUGUCGUAUCGUCACUAUAUUAUUAAGCGCAUACUUGUGUUUGUUUAGAGACAAACACACCUGCUUCGUCCAGGUCCAGUAAAUGAGUCUUUUGUAUCAGUUUCUUGCAACACACGAGUGUCACAGUCAGAGAAAAAUCAGAGUGGAUGCCAAAGCUCCGGACGGACAGAUGAUGAUGGUGAUGAUUCACACUGUGGGAAUAUGAGGAAGUUAUUCUGAACAGAGCACACGGCUUCGCGUUCAAGAAACCCCUGCUGUUCCCGAUGGUGGAAUCAGCCUGUGGCUGUUUGAUGAGCAGCGAACGAAAGCCGCCUCUCCUCGGGUCGCCUCUGAAGUCGAGCUGACAGAAGCUGGUGGGUUUUGUUUGAAAGGCUGGAGCAGGGUGUGACAGCUCUUGGUUUAAAUGUUACAUGCAGCACUGUGUGUAUCAGCGAAGCUCACUAUGAACGCAGCCUGGAAUUUCUACGUCAAUCCGUGUGGAUGACGCCGCCGCCCGCCAACGUUCCAAAACAGAACCUCGCCGAGGCAAAAGUUGCUUUUUAAAAUAGUUUGUUUCGGCUAAAGAGCAGCAGGUCUGUUAGCCAUGUAGCUGGCUGCAAAUGACCGGACUGCACUUCUUCAACUAAUGUCUAGGGUGUCGGCUCUUUUUUUAGUAGGUGUCGUGCGUAUAAAGUGUAAUGUAUAGCGUAGUUAUUUUAACGUCGUCGUGACUGUUACUGGUUGCUAUGGCAUUUUUAAACGGCCCCAGACUGCUGGACUGGGCAAACUCCCCUCCACAUUUACAGUUCAACAGAUAUGUCCUGACUGGAUAUAGACCCAUCUCCUCCGUCCAGGAGUGUAUCAAGAGUCUCUUCUAUCUGCACAAUGAGCUGGGGAACAUCUACACACACGGAAUCCCUCUGCUCUGUUUCCUGGUGCUGCUCCCGCUCAACAUCCCCUGGUCACAGAUCAGCGUGACGUGGCUCGGUGUGGUGCAUUUCCUGGCCUGCCUGUCACCACAGCUGGGCUCAGUGGUCUACCACCUCUUCAUGAACCAUGAGGGCGGCGAGCCCGUCUACAAAACCCUGCUCACGCUAGAUAUGUGCGGAAUCUGCAUGAUCAACACGCUAGGAGCCCUGCCCAUCGUGUACAGCACUCUUCUCUGCUACCCCUUCACCCGCACAGUGGCUCUGCUGAUGUACAUCUUGCUCUCCAGUUACUCCAUCUACUGUGCCAUCACAGCGUGCAGCAGUGUGCGCCGUCUGCGUUCCUUCGCCUGGCAGGCGCUCUUCCGCUUCUCGUUUUUCCUUCUGCGCUGGGUAGGUGUGGGCGGAGGAAGUCCCACGUCACUGGGUCACUUUCUCACCAUGGAUGCCCUAGCGGUGUUGGGCGGUGUCAUUAAUAUCACGCGAAUCCCCGAGCGGUUCUGCCCGGGCCUCUUUGACUACUGGUGCAACAGCCAUCAGAUCAUGCAUGUGCUGGUGGUGGUGUCCAUACUGUACCUACACUGGGGCGUGCUGGACGACUUACUGUGGAUCAACACGUAUCACUGUCCGUCAGACUGACAGUAGCCCCUGCUAGUCUGGAAUCAUGGGUAAUGGGGCGUGAGGACCUCUUUUAGUAAUGAGAUGUUUGGGAACGCGACGUUAUUGGGCAAAGAAUGGUUUGGGGUGGGAGGGGGAGGGGGGGCUGGGGGGCUGUGUGCUUUGUAUAUAAAUGUGUGCACGAAAGUCCAUGAGAAGUGUUUUACAUGUUUUUUUAGGAGACACCAGUGCCAGCUUUGACACACAUGCUUGUUUGUGCCGUCAGAAGCCAGAAUGUACAUAUCUGCGUUCGCAUUAACAUUGUCCGUGCAUGGCACUCUUUAGACCUGCUAGCUCAAACAAAGGCUACUUAUUUAUUUAUUUAUUUAUUUGGUUUGAGACCAACACAUUCUCUAGGCACACACACACACACACACACACGCACAUAUGGGGUCUGACAUUAUUUAAUGUCAUGUGUUCACCAGCGUUUAAAGCAUUUAAUAAAUGACCUCUAAAUUUAGCUGAACAGUGCGACACAUGAUCGAGCCCUCAUAUGAUUGGCUCUCGAAAUUUAAGAUUUAACGUAUCGUGUACAACUAAAAUUCAUUGCACAAAAUAGCAUGGCUUUUCUGAAAAACGAAUUAUAGUUUGUCUCUAUUCUCAAUUUUGCUAGUGACAAACAAAGAUCACUGGUGCAGAAAUGAUGUACGCACCACCCAACUUUCUACUUAGUACUCUAUUGCAGACUAUGCAGCAUAUCAGAUGUUACAUCAGUGCUAACACCACACAAACACACACGUACUGUACGCCCAGUCUCACAGCAACAUUCACUGGAAAUACUUGAGUUGAUUUUACUUGUUUUAUCACACUUUUUUUUCCACUCUUUUUUUGUCGUCUCACUGUUAAGGUCCACAUUUUCUGUAUUCUCACCCUGAUACCUGUAAGUGAAGGGUGAAGGGGUCAUUCCUUGGUUUUGUAGCCUUGCCAUUUAUACGUUUACUGGCCGGUUAAAGUUGCUGAGUGCCCAUUUGAUUUUUUUAGUGCCCUCUGUGACUUUGAUCAUGUUUGUUAACAUCUAAAGGGCAUUUAUUCAAUGCAGUUUUUCCAGGAGCAUGACUUCAAUAAUACCCUGGGAAACAUUUUCCGUUACCUGCAGAAGAUAUUUUCUCUGCUGUGCUGCUGAACAGUCAAUUCAGCCUUGUACACUUACGGUUUUAAUAUCCUAAUCUGUAUUUUGGAAGAUUGGAUUUUGUACCACUCUAAAUUAGAUUUCAUUUCUUUCUGACCUUUAACCUCAAUUAUCUAUGUAACCUUGGAUUCGAGACAAGCCAAAUUAUUUUCUUAAUGGUGUGCUGUUUGCACAAAGGCUUUAAUUCUCUGCUGGCCAUCCUUGUCCACUGUGCACCGAAUGUUCCCGCUCAUCAGAUGUGGCAGAUGAAUAUUAGACUCCAGAAUGGAGCAAUAUUACACAUGCCACUACACUAUGAAUUCCCCAAUGAACACUAAGGGAAUAUUGGUUCUGCUCACUUGUGCCAAAUUAAUGCUAUAUAUACAGAUUAUCUAAAUCCCUAGUAAUGGGAUGAACUUGAUGGGAUAUAAUUCAUAAUGACCCCUCUGAUCUAAGAAAAGUUGCCAAACGACUUCAGGUUUAACAGCGCUGUUUAUAGUGACUGAAGCUGAACAAUCUCCUUUAUAUCUGCUUUAGAAUGUGAUUCAUGUAAACUAAAACAGUUCUUAAUGCAGAUUGCACUAUGGAGAUGUUCUCAUUGUUCCAAAUUUAUGCAUCACUGAGUGGAAAAAGCCAAGGAUGACUCUUUUAACCCUUCCAACCUCACUAGUUUUAAAGAACUGACCAACAAACAACACGAUGUGAUAGAUUCACUGACACUAUCACAAUAGCUUUUAGAAUAAACUUCAGUGAGGCCUGCCGUUCAUUUCAAUUACCUUCACUUUGUAUUUAGUUAUAUUUAUUAUAUUUAAGAUCUUUUGACAUUUGGCAAUGUUUGAAUAUGUUUUUUUUUUAAUGCUACUACUACUGUUAUUUAUUUAUUUAUUUAUUAUUAUUUUAACCAGUUGGGGAUCACAUAUCUUUACACUACCACAAGUACUCUAAUAUCCUCUAGCAGAGAUCAGACCUAUUAGUGUAGAAUCAGUGCAUGUUCUGUAGAAUGUUGCUCAGAUGUAUUUGACAAACACUUACACAUACUCUAUGCCAAAUUAGAUGUUUCAGGGCCUCAGGUGUCGAGCACGACGGUCCUGAUCUUAGCAGACCAGGGUGGUUUUAAAAACUAACCACUAGUCCCUCAGAUUUGGGGAAGGUUUACCCCAACCCCUUUAAUGCUAUUAAAUGAUAAACAUUAGCCUCUGAAAUCAAGUGGUGCAUGUAAGUACUAGUAAACCAAUCCCCUUGAAACACAACAUGUGAUUUCUGAUGCUUGUGCAAUGCAACCACUGACGUAUUUGCUUAAUGUGCGGUAACAGAGCUAAUGCAUCCAAUAUAUCUGUCUUUAGCUAUGGAAUGAAAUCAAGAGAGCAGCCCAGAGGCAAUACAACCAUAUCAAGUAAUCAACUGCACUGUUUAUUUUUUUACCAAAAGGGCUUUGGAUCAAAGUGAAAACCAAUUAAGAACUUAAAAGUCCAUAUAGGUAACAUAAAUACCUGUAUGAAGACUGUAUAUGCAUAAAAUGCGAGCGGCAUACAUACUGACAUUUUUAUAUAUUCAUAUUAAUAUAUAAAGCAACAAUGUUAGAAGAAAAUAUAUUGAAUGUUAACGUAUUUCGUCUCAGAGUGACACUCAAUACGGAUUGUCUGAUUUGAUUUCAAAGGCAGAAGUGUUUUGAUCAUUCUGUAACUGUAAAAAGUGAGUGACAAGAAUUGUGAAGUCACAAUGAAAGGCCUGGUUGGAGAGUUGAAAAAAAAAAAGCUGUUUGAUUAUUUAGUAGAGUUAACGUCACAAUAAUAUGUCUGUACUACUAUGAUGUCCUAAUGUCAUUAACACAGUCUUGUGUUUUUAAGCUGUUUAGAAGGGAUUGUAAUAUAGUUUGGUUGGUCAAAUCUUUUUUACAUUAUGAAAAGUACAGAGUGGCAUACAGAUGUUUUGGUUUGGGGUCCUGAUAUGUUAUUACCUCUGAAAUCCACUGGAUAACUAUGCAUAAGCGAAAUAUGUACACACAUAAUAUAUAUACACACACAAACAUGUUUGAACAUGUGAAUUCCAAAAACAAGAUGUUUUACCAGUACUGAAAAGAAACAGAUCUGUGUGUUCACACCAACAUGUUUUGCUCAGACCAUGCCAUCCUGGGGUUUCCUCUUCUCAGGGUGCCCUGUCAGUGCUCACUUGUACUGAGUGACCUCAACAGCUGAUUUCGGGCCAGUUUUCUUUUCAUCCUGUCAUGUCUUCUUUGCUUGUUCUGGUUAGAAUCAAAGACUGAAGAAAAAAAAAAAAAAUGCUGACAGCUGUAUGUUUUCAAGGGCAAAGGUCGCGAUGGCUUGUCAGUCAUCAGGCAUUUGGACUGUGCAUCCCUCUUGAUGCAUAUUGCCUUCGUGGGGCCGAAUGUGUCCGUAAAUGCUGAUCAAGAAUGUGUUUAUUCAUGUAGUUAGUUAGGUGAUGUGAGAAUGUGCAGAGCAUGUUACAUUGAGCCCUCAAGGAAAUGGAUUGCAUCAUAACCCAUGUUCUAGAGGAGGAACAAGGAUGAUGUUCUCAUGGAUGAUGUUCUCCUGUCUGUAUAUUCUAAUGUCCUGUGGUAAAAAAAGAAAAAGAAAAAAAAUGACAUGAUGUAUGAAACUAUAAUAACUUUUUUUCUUUUCUUAGUAUGCAGGUGCUGGAUAGCCUGUUAAUGAUCAUUUAAAAACUACUCAUCAUUAGUUACAUUGUGCAUUAUUAUGAUAAUGGAUAUAUUGUUAUUAUUACUAUUAUUCUGGGAUGGGUUACCACUAUCAGUGAUCAUCUUAAUUUAAGUACAAAGGUUGAGAAUACUAAUGCACAUAGGAAGACAGGAGGUCUCUGAAAGAUCUGUCGGUUUUUAGUUUUUUGUUUCCGCUCCUGCUUGUGUGUUUCUUUUGAAUUUGGAUGUAGUCUGGCACCAUCUGGUGGCCACAGCGCUCUUUUGACUCUUCUGCGUCGAUAGCAGCAUGAAUGAUGUUCAGUUAAACCGUGCUGACCUUCUGGAUGAAGUCUGUCACAGGUCUCGCACUGAGCCCUACAGGCCGGAUAUCUUAGUUUUUGUUGUUUUAUAAGGUGUCCUCAACUCACUGCAAAAUUUACUUUGGUUUCACAUAAGCAUUUCUUGUUGUAAAUGAAUUAUUAUUAUGUAUUUUUUAAUCCACAAGCGUGUGUCUCUGUUAGUUUGUUUUAUGGGCCUAUAUUUCUCUCUCAGUCUAUUUGUGUGUCAACGGUUACAUUUGUUCACACAAGACAGAUCUUCCAAACCCCACGGUCUCCUGCAGCAAUUGUGCAAUAAAUUGAGGUUUAUAUUUUUAAA